UACCGCCCCGAGCGCGCGAGGAGGCGGGGCUGGGCGGGAAAUUCGAGCGCCACCUUCGCUCUUCGCCGCCUUCAGAAAGGGGCUGCCAUGGAGACGGCGGCGGAGGCCGUUGGGCGCCUCUCAGACACCCAGAGGUUGAAGGCUGCAUGCCAUUAUACGGUCGCUGGCCUUUGUGAAGAAGUUUCACAAGACAAAGAAAUUCAGUUCAGUAAACAAACCAUAGCAGCUAUUUCUGAGAUCGCCUUCAGGCAGUGUGAAUUCUUUGCAAAAGACCUUGAAAUGUUUGCUAGGCAUGCAAAACGAAGUACAGUCAACCUUGAGGAUGUAAAGCUUUUGGCUAGAAGAAGCAAGUCCUUGCUGAAAUACAUCACUGAGAAGAGUGAAGAAAUUGCUUUGAAUAGCCUGGAAGAAAAAGAGAAAAGGAAAAAGAAAUCGGGCUCUCGGAAAGGGAGAAGAGCCUCUGAUGAACAGGAGGAACAUGUGGUGGCUGAAAGUGAUGAUUCCAACAUGGCAUAAUUUUCUCUUAUCAAGACUACAUCAUUUUCAACAGAGAGUAAUGAGAUCCUGGGAUUGCAUUGGGAUCUUCAGUUGCUGCUUGCCCUUGAGUUUUCAUUAGUAAGUAAGCAAGCACAAUGCAGUUGGUAUGCCAGUUCCAUUUCUUACAGCAGGCAUGAAAAAUAGAUGCUUUGAACAAUUGGGAAAGAGAGAUUUUAAGCAAAUGGAAAACAUUGAUAAGUUUUCUAUUUCACUUUACUUAAACACAUAAUGCAUUGUAUAAAGGUCAUAGGUCAUAACAUAUUAAAUGUAAUUAAAUGUGAAUAAC